ACAACGCGGAGGAGAGGGGACGCGCGGGCUGCGCAGCUCUAGCCGAGUCCCCGCCGGCGGCAGAGGCGCCGCCUCCUGUCUUCCGGGCCGGGGCGCUUCGGGGGGUUCCGGGCACGCGAGGCGCGCGGGGGACCCCAUGGAGGCUGAGUCUCCCGCGAGCGCGGGGGUCCCCGAGCCCCAGCCGCAGGGCGCGGCGCGCACGGUGGGCCGCCUGCUGCGCAGGGUCCCGGGCAAAAUCUUCACCUGGGAUAUUCUGAAGACCAUUGCUCUGGGUCAGAUGCUGUCCUUGUGUAUAUGUGGGACAGCCAUCACCAGCCAGUAUUUGGCAGAAAAGUAUAGAGUGAACACACCUAUGCUUCAGAGCUUUAUCAACUAUUGCCUGCUGUUCCUGGUUUACACGGUGAUGCUGGCAUUCCGAUCAGGCAGUGAGAACCUUUUAGAGAUUUUGAGGAGAAAAUGGUGGAAGUACAUCCUGUUAGGGCUGGCGGAUGUGGAAGCCAACUACCUGAUCGUCAGAGCAUACCAGUACACGACACUGACUAGUGUCCAGCUCUUGGAUUGCUUUGGGAUUCCUGUGUUGAUGGCUCUCUCCUGGUUUAUUCUCCGUGCAAGAUACAGAGUGAUCCACUUCAUUGCUGUGUUUGUCUGUCUGCUGGGUGUAGGAACCAUGGUUGGUGCAGAUAUAUUAGCAGGGAGAGAAGAUAACUCAGGGAGUGAUGUUCUGAUUGGUGACAUCUUGGUCCUGCUUGGGGCGUCCCUGUAUGCUGUGUCUAAUGUGUGUGAGGAAUACAUCGUGAAGAAGCUGAGCAGACAGGAAUUUUUAGGAAUGGUGGGCCUGUUUGGAACAAUUAUCAGUGGCAUACAGCUAUUGAUUGUGGAAUAUAAGGAUAUUGCCAGAAUUCACUGGGACUGGAAAAUUGCCCUGCUGUUUGUGGCAUUUGCCCUCUGUAUGUUCUGCCUGUACAGCUUCAUGCCCCUGGUGAUUAAAGUCACUAGCGCCACGUCCGUCAACCUGGGUAUCUUGACAGCUGACCUCUACAGCCUUUUCUUUGGACUUUUUCUGUUUAGCUAUAAGUUUUCAGGCCUCUACAUCUUGUCAUUCACUAUCAUCAUGGUGGGCUUCAUCCUGUACUGCUCUACCCCAACACGCACUGCAGAGCUGGUUGAAAGUAGUGUGCCUCCUGUCACCAGCAUUGGGAUUGACAACCUGGGACUGAAGCUUGAGGAGAGUGGUCUCCCAGAGACCCACUCUGCGGUCUUGUAGCUGGAGAAGCCACGCACCCUUAUGUGCCACUAGGAGAAAGCAGAGCCUGCCACUGCCGAGGGGAUACGGGGGAGCAUCAGCCUCAGAGAGAACACCCACCACAUCUGUGGUUAAAUUUUAGACAGGAACACUGACCAAUGGAUCCAAACUAGAAAUACCAAAAGAGAGCUGAGCCCAAGGGUAGUGUUUCUGUGUGCUGAGGACAAAUACCUGUCAGUGUCAGAGAGCCAGGUACAGGCUUCCUGCCCAUGUCUUAGAGACACACAGGAUGGGGGACCCAGCCAGCCUCAAGGCUACUCAAGCAGUCAGGAGUAGAGACAGUCCGGGAUGGAUGUGUAAUAAGACUCCACUGUUGGAAGUUUCAGACUUUUGUCCUGCUGGGGCAGUUGCUGUCUACAGACCUUGUAGAAUUUAGACACCAGUGAGGCCUGGUGCUCAUGGCAUGUGGUGGGAAAAAUGGAAAUUCCUGAGAUAAAAAUGUGACUACUUUGAAAGCAGCUAAUGAGUGCAGAAACCCAGGAGCUCUUUCUCAACUGUUCCUUUGUCUUUUCUGAAAAACCCUCUUGUCUGUUACCCCUUGCUCCUACCUGCCACGUUUGCUCCCAUGUUUCACGCCCCACAGCUGUCAAGGCCUGGGACACUGAUGUCCCAGCCCCUCAUGUUCAGCCUCACGCUAUACUCUCUGGGAUUUCUCCAAAUAACAUUGAGUAAAGGUACCCUUAGAAAGUUCUCAGACUCCCAGGAAUAUGUUUAUAUCUCUCAUCUCAGGCAGCACAGUUUAGAAAAUGAAGUCUUCUGCAAGUUGUCACAGCAAGGAGAGAACUUUGUUUCUAUCACUGGUUGGAAAACAGAGUAUCCUUAAAACAAAAAAACCAAUAAUUUUCCAGAGAAGACUGUGUCCCAAAGACUGUUGAGGAUACUGUCCUACAUCUUAUAAUGGCUUUGUAACGCUCGGGGGAUUCUAGGAUAAUUCAGUACAGUGCUAACAUGCAGCCUCAAUGUAGCUACCAGAAUGCCACAUUCAGAAAACACUGUGUAAAGUUUUUGUACAAGUGGUAAGUGUUCAUAUUAUUAAAAGACUCAUGGAAAUAAUA